AUGUCCCGCCGACCACUCCUGAGCCUGGCUAUCAUCGGACUGAUGUGUGUCAUGCUUCCCUCGCCCGCAUCUCCGUCGGCUGAUCUUGGCAGUGCCAUGAAGGACUAUGGAAACGACAAAGCGAUCGACUGUGGCGUGGGCUGUAUUGUCAAGGCAGGUCACUGGAUGAGGCAACAGAGCGAAAACGCUGUCGAUGCUCUUUCAAGAGCCACGCUUCAGGAGAAGCAGUUCAUACGAGACAUCUGGGAUGCCCCAAGUUGGGAGUGGGACCUCGAGGACUGCACCCGUCUUAUGAAGGCAUCAGGACCAGCGGAUUUUCCAGAAAGCGAGCGCUAG